UAUCAUUUUUUGAAAAAUAAUUUUGUUCACAUUUGUCUCAAAUGAAAUAUUUGAGAAAUUUCUUGAAUUAUUUUAAAAAUCUCAUGUUACUACAGGUUAAAUAUUACUGCAUUUUUAAAACAAUAACUGUAAUACAAUACUAUUGUUAUUAUGAAUUUUAGUGAAUGGAAACCGCUUAAUAUUCGUACAGAAAUUUUAAAUGCCAUUAAAUUAAAGAAUUUCAUAAAACCUACAAAAAUUCAGUCUGAAAGUAUUCCACCGGCCAUUAAUGAUUAUAGAGAUAUACUUGGAGCUGCUGAAACAGGCAGUGGGAAAACACUUGCAUUUGGCAUCCCAAUUUUGAAUGGUAUUCUAAAUGCAAAAUCUCAAAAUGAAUGUGAGUCUGAAAGUUCAGAUUCUGAUGAAAGUUCAGGUGAUGUUGAAAAUAUGCCUGAAAUAAUGGAACUCGAUAAAAAUGGUUUGGGCUGUGUAUCAGUUGUAAAUUUACCAUCAAAUAAUAUAAAUGUUAGUAACAAAAAGCUGUGGGCAGUAAUACUUGUACCUACUCGAGAAUUGGCUAUGCAAGUUCAAAAGCAUAUUGAAGACAUAACAAAAUUUACUGAAAUUAAUGUUGCAACUAUUGUUGGAGGUUUAUCAAGUGAAAAGCAAGAACGAUUAUUAAGAAAAGGUCCAGAAAUUGUUGUUGCGACACCAGGACGAUUAUGGGAAUUAAUUCAAAAAGAUGAUCCCCAUUUAAGCCAAAUUAAUAAAAUUAAAUAUUUUGUCAUUGAUGAAGCUGAUCGGAUGGUUGAAACUGCUCACUUUCCAGAGCUUCAUCUCAUGUUAGAGAAAAUUAAUUUAAAAAGAAAUAGUAAACGACAAAAUUUUGUAUUUUCAGCAACAUUAACUAUGGUACAUAAAGCUCCAUAUCGUCCAAAUAUUAAACAUAAGAAAAAAAAGAAAGACCUUUCUGCUGAAGAUAAAUUAAAUAAACUGAUUGAAUUAAUAGGUAUGAAAAAUCCUCAUAUAGUUAAUUUAACAACUACAAAUUUUGGUAUAACAAGUACUGUUAAUGAAAUGCAGGUAUUUUGUUCAGUUAUCGAAAAAGAUUCAUACUUAUAUUACUUUCUUAAAAAAAAUCCUGGAAGAAGUUUAGUAUUUUGUAAUAGUAUUAGUUGUGUUAAAAGAUUAGCAAGUGUUUUUAAUAUUCUUAAAUUAAAUCCAUUACCUAUUCAUUCAAAUAUGAUACAAAAACAAAGACUUAAAAAUCUAGACAAAUUUCGUGCUAAUGAUCAUGGACUUUUAAUAGCUACUGAUGUGGCUGCUCGAGGAUUGGAUAUCAUUGGUGUCAACCAUGUUAUACAUUAUGAUGUACCCAGAACUGCUGAAAUUUAUGUUCAUCGAAGUGGUCGUACAGCUAGAGCUUCUAAUACUGGUUUAUCUUUAGUAAUAUGUACUCCAGAUAAAAAAAACAUUUAUCUUAAUGUCUUAAGAACCAUGAAAAGAAGUAAAGAGUUACCUAGAUUAGAGGUAGAACAGCGUAUUCUUCGAAAUUAUAGUACUUGUGUUAAACAAGCUCAAGAAAUAACUUUGUUAGAAGAAAAAGCUAAAAAAGAAACAUCUACUUCUAAUUGGUUCAACAAAGCAGCUGAAGAAAUGGAUAUAUUAUUAGAUGAUGAUGAGCUACCAAAAGGAAUGAAUAAAACAGAACUUGAAAAGUACAAAAAAAUGUUAAAUUCUAAACGUAAAAAUUUAGAGAAAAUUUUGUUGACAAUAAAGUAAAUUCUUCAAAUUGACAAUUAUUUUAUUUAUUAAAAACAACAGUUUUUAAGUAAUAUA